UUAAGAAAAAAAAUGGCAUCUAGCAUUAAUCUCUUAAGAUGUUGUAUUCUGCUAGCUAUAAUCAUGAUGGGGCAUGCUCAAACAGACCGGAAUCUUGUUGAUGAGGAUAAUGCUGCAGCAGCAUCCUUUUAUAUACCAUCGAUUGCAUCUAGAAGUCAUCCUUUUUCUCACCACCGUUCACUUGGUGCUGAGCAUUACGAGAGAUCAUCGCCUCCUCCACCACCUAAAAAAUCCUCAGAAGUCGAACCCCUUACUACCGGUACCUAGACCAUAUUGAGUGAUGGUGAGCAUCGGUCGAAGAAGGAAGACUCGUAAGUUUGUUUGUUUUGUUUUGUUUUUUUUCUUUGGGACAAAAAAAAAAAAGACUCGUAAUCAAGUUGAUGUCAUGUCUGGGAAGAGCAAUGGUUUGUGUUUUUAAGAUCUACGCUAUUUUUGAAGGCUUUGAUUUGAUUUUGUUUUCGGAAGUUAUAUCGUGAAUAAG